AUGGCCGCCCAAGUUGUGUACAAUAUUCUAAGAUUGUGAGUAUUUUGAUAAUUUUAGAGCGUUUUUCUUAAACUUUGAACGUUUUGAUAACCAGAUAUUAUUUUUCAGACAUAUAUCUGCAGAGAAAUUUUACAUAGAGCCCAAAGGGCAGGAACAUACGGGAGUAAACGUGCUUGAAAUCGAUCGCGUCAGCCAAGAGCUUGUCCUAGCAGGUGAGGAACAAAGUCCGAAUUUCAAGUGAAUCCUAUUUUCAGUUUUAAUUUUAUCGAUAUUGUAGUUGCUAUUAUUUUGUGCGUGAACACUGGAGUUUGUAAUUCCGUGGGAUGGUUUAAUAUUUAGCAAUUUAAAGAAUUCAGAUUAUCAGAUAUUUUUAAAUAAUUAGUAUCCGUAGAAUAGAAUUUAGUUUUCUGUAUUGUACACAAAGUUGGUACGUGUUUAGGUAGAAAUAUCUUACGGAUCUGUGAAUUUAGUGUGGAAUAUUUUGGAUGUUUCAUUUAUCAAGCAGAAAUAGCUGAUUGUGUUUUAUAUUAUAUUGAAUGUUUUAAUUAAAGUGUGUUCCAGACACAUGAAUAUUUAAUGGUAUUAUUUUAUUUGCCUUGUCUGCAGACCGCAGGAAUUUGAAAUUGUAUCGGAGAAGCUUAAGCAAAUGGCAUCUUUGACAAUGAGACCGCCAACCGGAAGUCAAUUGAGCCAUUAUAGGCGACAGUCACAAAAAAGCAGUCAAGAAAGUUUCAUGUUUGUGAUAUCAAAGAAGAACAGCUGUUGCCAUCACUCGGUGACAGCUGCGUCUAUAACGGCUUAAUUUAGUUCCUGUUGGCAUUUGUGUUGUCAAAAUUGUCGCUUGCUUAUAAGCUCGCUAUGUGCAAUUUUGAAGCCUUUUUUAAAGUUAAAACUGUCACUACCAGGCACCAGCUUUUAUUUUAUCACCUAUUAGGUUGCACAAUAGCAUGCAAUUUUUUCUCAUACACACAUAAAGGCCAUUUCCACUCAGGAAAAUUUUCUGCAGAAAGAAGAUUUUGCAAAAUGUGAUUGGUUGGCAGUUGAAAAUUUUCUGUUGGCCAGGCAUUUAGCCAGAAGGGCGUCUAGGUGUCCUGGGAUGCCCCUGGAACGAAAAAUGGACGCCUUUGGACGCCCCAAUUCUGAGGAAAAAGGAAAUUAUUUUCAAUUAUUUCCCUAAGUAUAUUAAUAUAUCUGAAACGAAAAAAACUUCAAUUCUCAUUAUUAUUAUACACUUGAUAUUUUGAUCACUUUGAUGGUGUACCUGGCUGAAUGAAAAUGUCAUUGUUAAGUAAAGAAGCAUAGCGGCACAAACUCACAAAGCCAAGUGUGUUUGAAAAAUUUCGACCAAGCUUGGAACAGAUAUAGCCUCCUCCGCAGGCAUCUCUUAAUCGUCGAGAACUUAUAUAAUUUAGUUAUUCAAAUAACUGAUGUUCUAAUUGGGUUACGUAAAAUUCAAAAGUUUUCCAGAGGAACGCUUUCUCGAACACCCCCCCCCCCUCUUUACUUCUGGACGCCCUUUUUUAGGACCCUGGGUAAAAGCCUGCUGUCGGCUGUCUGCAUCUAAAUAUAAUCAGUUGUAAUUUGAUAUUUUUGCAAUCAAAGUAAAGGUGACAUCAUUCAUGUCAAUUCUUUGACAAUGAUUCUCAACGUAACAUGUACACUGCAACCAAGGAUUGUUAGAACCAUUAAUAAAUGGCACGCUUCACACAUUAAUUUAAUUAACAUAUUGCUUUAAUUUGCAUGUGUAACCUAGUUUUACUGCGUAUACAUUCUAACUCUGACUGAAAAGUUUCAAAAUUGUACAGCCAUUCCUUGAACAUUACUUCAGGCCAAAUUGCAAGUGGGCCGCAUUAAUUGUGACACAUCUUUUCUUCUUUUCAAAUAAUUUUCAGAUAACCAUGGACAAAUUCCUAUAUCUGAAUCCAAAGAUAUUUUUGGAAUCAUAGGUGUUAUCAACCUGGUUGCAG